ACAUCGAUCGAUCUCUCUUUUUAAUUAAUCUAGAGCAAACACAAUGGAGUCUUCCUGGCCGAAGCUAGCGCUGCUGCUUCUAGCUCUGGCAUCAUCAGCAUCCUACGUGGCGGCCCAGAACUCGCCACAGGAUUUCCUGGACCCACACAACGCGGCUCGUGCUGACGUGGGCGUGGGCCCGGUGACGUGGGACGACACGGUGGCGGCGUACGCGCAGAGCUACGCCGACAGCCGUCGCGGCGACUGCCAGCUGGUGCACUCUGGUGGCCCCUACGGGGAGAACAUCUACGGCGGCGCCGGCGGUGGCGCCAGCUGGACGGCGGCGGACGCCGUGGCGGCGUGGACGGCGGAGAAGCGGUUCUACCACCACGACGGCAACAGCUGCGACGAGGGCCAGGUGUGCGGGCAUUACACCCAGGUCGUGUGGAGGGAUUCCACUGCCGUUGGGUGUGCUCGUGUUGUUUGUGACUCUGGCGAUGGACUGUUUAUUAUCUGUAACUAUAAUCCGCCUGGUAACUACGUCGGACGGAGCCCUUAUGCCACGGCCAUGGCCACCAUGUCCUCCGCCCAGAACGCGCCGUCAGACUACGUCCGCCUCCACAACGCGGCCCGGGCCGCCGUGGGCGUCGGCGCCGUGUCCUGGGACAACACGGUGGCGGCGUACGCGCAGAGCUACGCCGACAAGCGGAAAGGGGACUGCGCGCUGAGGCACUCGGGCGGGCGCUACGGGGAGAACAUCUUCUGGGGCUCGGCCGGCGCCGAGGCCGCCAGCGCCGUCGGGUCGUGGACGGACGAGAAGAAGAACUACCACCAUGACGGGAAUCGCUGUGAUUCGGGGAAAGUUUGUGGGCAUUACACGCAGGUGGUGUGGAGGAAGUCGACUGCCAUCGGGUGUGCUCGUGUUGUUUGUGAUGCCGGGCGUGGGGUUUUCGUUGUUUGUAGCUAUAACCCGCCGGGGAACUUCAACGGGGAGAGCCCCUAUUAGUUGCUUUAUACAUCCUCCGUCCUAAAAUAAGUGACGUGGAUUUGUACAUUCAAGUCACUUAUUGUGAAACGGAGGGAGUAGUAUAUAUAGCACAAUAAAAUUGGUUGCAUGUAUGUGUAUGUAUAUGCAUGCUGCCGGAGGCUGUGAUCGAUCAGGGUUGUGAACUUAUGACAAAUUAUAUGAUAAAUAAAGGGUAAAUAAAAGCCACAGUUGGCGAAAUUUAACAAA